AGUCAUUAAACCCUUCCUAAACUGAAAGUGAAACUCAAUUGUUUUUAAAAGGCUUUGAGAGCUACGGAGGAACUAGAACUUGAAAAACCCUUGCAAGAACAAAAUGGGAAAAAUCUAUCAAGUAUUUGUGAAGGGGCUUAAAGGAGAAACAACCACCAUUGAUGUUUCACACUCAGAAAAAGAAUUCAGUGAGAUGAAGGUUCUGAUGUUCAAAAAGAAACUACUGGAAAACUUGCCACCAGGAAAAGUUCAAGUGGAGGAUCUCCGCCUCCUCUUUGCUAAUGAACAACUGGAAGAUGACAAAAAGUUCUCUGACUAUCAGCUCAAGGAUAAAUCCACAAUAAUGAUGGUGUUGCGUCUGCCUGGAGGAGGAAUAUAAUGCUAAGAAUGUGUAGAAUGCUGAAGCCAUCACCAGGAUCUGCUGUUUCUGUAUCAAUAGGAACAUUCACCUCGAUGCUACCAACACGGAAUGCAAAUCCAACAAUAGGUUUCAUAUCUUUACCAGUUUUUGUUAAAAAUACUUUAAAUAUAACUCUGGUGGUACUUUAUGUGGAGAUUAAUUACAAGGAAUGUGUAAUCCAUCAGUUCUAAUUACAUUUCCCAAAUAUGUAAGGGUCUUUAAGUCUGUUGUCCAUUUGUUUUCUUGGGAAAAUCCUCACAAAGUAUUAAAAACAUGAAUUUAUGUUAUUGCUAGAAAAUUCCCAAUGAUGUUCCAACAGAUUUUUAGUUGCUUUGAAGUUAAAUUUAUCUUUAUAACUCUUUCUGUCAUUGUAAACAAUAACUUAAAGUUUACAUAACGUGUUUCUGCAAAUUAAUCUCAUUCUUAUAUCUUAUUCCUAAUAAAUAUUAGUAAAAAUACCACACAUACAAGUAGCAUAUAUAGGUUGCUUCCCAAUAUAACCUUGUAAAAUUAUUAUUAAUAAUAAUAUUCUAACUAACUUGAUUGAACAGCAGUAAGUGAAAUUAUGGAUGUAGAUGUUGAAUAAUAUGAUGGCAAUCAGUAAAAGCUUUUUCAGUUUCAACAUAAGUUAAUCAGCAGAAAAUUAGCUGACUGACACUGGCAAUGUAAGAUGCACAAUCAUUUCACCUUCUAAAUGAGCAGAUCAUCUCACUAUAAUAAUCAGGAAAUUAAUUUGAUCAAACCUAAUAGACAACAGGUAAUUUCAUCAAUAGAUAACUAAUCAACUGUAGAACUAUAGAAAGAUUCCAGAGAAAAGUCCACAUGCAAAAAAACACAAAGGCAAUCCAGGCAAAAUUUAUUCUUUGGUGUAAGUGUGCAAUUCCCUUGGUGCUCAGCAAUCCCUAAUGCAGUGUGGCAGUCAGCUUGAGUGGCACUCAAAAGCCAGUGCUGGACUCAGUGGUAUGCAUGAAAGGCCAUGAGACUGGUCUCCAUGUGUGCUAAUGGCAUGAGUUUUACAGGCAUAUCCCCAAAGCUAUCCACUUGUGUGGGUUUAAUCCAUGAGUUAAAUUUAUCAGGUUUGAGCCACAGCAAAAACAUAGCCAAUGGAGCCAUGAUUCCUGAUGUUUACUUGCCACAUGCAACGUACUCCCAGGGGCAAGGCCUCAGAAAAUCUAUAAUCCACAGGAAGCAUUUUUAAGACUUACAACAUGUGUACAAUUAGUCUUCUUUCCUACUAAAUAUAACAUUAGCUUAGUGAGACAUUUUAAAAUCUGGAAAUCUAAAUUUCAAAUUGUUAAGUUGUUAUGUGCUUCAGGCUUCAAUUACCGCAGAACCUUAGUCCUUAUUGCCUUUACUUCCUUCUGAUGGUGACAGUGACAGCAUCAACUAGAGUGCUGAGCUUCAUGAAGAGCUCAAUGUCACGGUGCAGGUUUUCUGGGAUAGAAGUCCAGUGAGUGAAUCGGAAGAACAACAAUCCAGUUCAGAAGCACACCAUUGCUGGAGUAGAUUAGCCAAUUGGUGCCAGCGUUUGUGGGUGUAACUGUUGGUGGCCCAGGGGAAAUCGGGCCCAUUAUUUGUUAUAUUGGUGCAGAUCUUCCACUACUCCAAGUUUGUCUUCCACUUCCGUUUAGGAAUCCCCACUUCUUCCAGUGUAUUCCCAGUCUUCCACUGAGAGGCUGGCUCAAUGACAUUGGCAUGACCCAGCACAAUGUAGCAUAACAGCUUCUCUGAUGGAAAUGGCCAGCAGCAUCCACAGAAUAAAUUGACAGUCAGUGAGGUUCCACUCGAGGCUCACUGACUACAAAAGAGGUCACUCAAAUUCAAUGUUUGUGAAUGUGACAUUCACAGACACUUAAAAAACCCAGGAAGUAUCAAAAAUGGAAACAAUUCAAAAAAGUAUAUAUAUUUUUUAAAGUCACACACAUUUAAAAGCAAUUAAAAACAUUUAAAUUAACUGUGUUACGGACUCAGUGAAAGUCCCUUUAAGAUAGAGAGUGUGUGUGUAUGUGUGUGUGGGGUGUGCUUACGUCAAUAGAAGAUAAAGGACGUAAUGACGUUGUUGAAGAAGUCAGAAGAAGAAGAAGGAGAGAGAGAGAAGGGAGAGAGACACCAGCCUGCUUGUUUUCUCUAUCAAUGGAUGAGAAACAAUAACUGUGUUUGCCACUGAAAUCCAUGUAUGGAAGUUGGAAGUAAUCCGGUGGAGUUCACUUUGUUGCUGACCUGUAGAAGGAAACAGGUAUUCGUGUGUGGACGACCACGGUUCGGAUGCUUUUCGGGGUGAGGAAGUCACUACCGAGUAAACACUGAAGUGUCGUUUGGGUUCCAUCGUGGAACAUUUGGAUUUCGUAUGUACUCUCUCUCUGUUUUUCUACAUUUACAUCUUAUCUUCAGACAACGGUGGUUGUUGAAGAAGCCCUUGCUCAUGUUUCACCUUAUGGCUUGCGGAACUGAACUUUAAGAACCAUUCCGGAACUGGGAGUUUUGGACUUUGUCACACACACACACGAAGAGUUUAGUUUUGGGGUUAACGUUCGAGGUUUAACAUUUUUGAAUUCUAACAUACUAACAUUUUUACUUCUAUUUUACGUAUUAUCAUAAGUAGUGAUUAAUAAAAUAGUUUUUAACACUGAA